GUCUUAAGUUAACUACUGCAAUGUAGGAGUUAGAGUACAGCGACGUACAGUAAGUUAUGUUCCUAAUUCCCACCCUCCCACCCUUCCUCUACCCCACCACGUCUUCAGGUUACUGGAGUAUCUUUCUCACCCUCUCUCACUCUCUGCCUUGUCUUUUGCGCCCUCGUGGCAAAGUGUGUGGAGGGGAGUUCUGCGGGCAUGAACCCUUUUUCGUGACCUGUUGCUACGGUAACGCAUGGUAGUGAGGGGAAGCGGUUAGGGUAACCGUGAGCAGAUCAACACUUUUGAACGUUUCACACUAAGACAAACACGUAUCAUGGUUUUUUGUGUUAACCUACUGCUUGUUCAGGACUGUGCGUGCUGCGACGUCUGCCAGCUAGCAAACACCACAGGUACAACGCAGUAUAAACCCAAAUCCAACACCAACGGUGCGGUGCGGUAAUCUACCCUGGGGUGUGAUGGCUUACAUCUCGCAGAGACAACAAGCAACAACUGGGCCUCGAAGUAUCCCACACCUGUAAGGAAGGCAGAUAGGUACAUCUCAGAACUUCGUUGGUAUCGUACAUACUCGCGUACGAUACGAUAUGCAAUGCAAGGCCAUCGUGCGGUGAGGGGUUGAAGAAAGGGGGGAAAAGGGCUGCGGCCAGAUCGGUGACGGAAUAUCCAGACUUAUUAACGUCGAAUCACUCAUAUACAGUCCGACACCGUGUUAUGGUACCCAAUCCUCGCCAGCCGCCCAACGGUGGACACAGUGAAUGGGGAAUGAAGGAAUGAAGGGUGGGGGGUGUGAGGGGGGAAAUCCAUUUGUUAUUACUCUGGUCUUCGUCAGUAAUAUGAUGUCUACAACACCUCCACAAACAUCCGCUCCCCUGCUCGAGUAUGCGGAAUAUAGCCAGCUAAGGAGUCCAAUAUUCAGUAGGUUAACGCGGUAUAUGCACACCGAGUAUGUCACGCCAGUCACGUGUCAACACUCUCAUGCCUCUUGA